AUGUUCAAAUACGCUAUUGUCAUUUUUGCCAUCGUUGCUUGCGUCACAGCAAAGCCUGCCAUCCUGCAUGCACCACAGCUCGCUGCAGCUCCAGUGGCUUUGGCCGCUGCAGCGCCAGUCAUUACAGCCACCAGUAGCCAAGUGAUUGCUCGGCAAUAUAACGGUAUUGCUGCUGCUCCGCUCCUAGCUGCUCCUGCUCCCAUCGCACGGCUUGCCACACCCUUAGUUGCACCACUGCCAGCUCCAUCCAUCCAUUAUGCCGCUCCAGCAGCGGCAGCAGCAAUUUUCCUCUAA